AUGGACCACUCUCGUCUAUCUCUUUCUUUCACCCGUCUCUCCGUCAUCUCCCGCACACUCUGGAACAGCUACAAGGCAUAUGGACCCAUCCCUCUGUACAUCAACCUCCCAACUAUCGACGAUCCAGCUCACGAUCUCACUGAGAAGCAGCUGUGUUACCAUAACUUUUUGGACGUCCAGAACCUAGAGUUGAAGCUGCACCGACGAUUUGUUCUCAUCUGCUUGGUCUCGAGCCCCUUUCUACUGACGCUGUCGUUGGAGGCGCUUCCAGGAGCCAUCGAUCCCAAGGAGGAUCUGUGGACCGCCCGGAUCACGCUUGUGCAGCUUUACGAUGGCUUCUUCAAGCAGUGGCUCAGAACCAACAGGGCACGAUUGGAGAGCAAUUCACUGACCACAAGGGACCAAGAUGCAUCCGACUUGCUUACAGAGGACGAGGGCGACUUUUUCUACCACGGUAUCUAG